AUGGGGGGCAUGGCUGGCUUCAAAGGCUUCGUGGUUUGGGUGGUGGUGCUCUCCGGAGCUCUGGCAGAGAGGAGAGGGGCCUUGGAAGGCCUCCCAAUGAUCGAGGUGUCCAAUGGUGGCCCCUGGGGCGCUUGGGCCUGGCAGGAAAUGUGCCCAGAAGGGACCUAUGCCACAGGCUUCAGCAUCAAGGUGGAAGCCUACCAGGGCCUGGCCAACGACGACACCGGCAUGAACGGGAUCCGGUUGCACUGCACGCAGGGGGGCCGCGGGGACCAGCACCAAGACCAUGCCGUGGAGUCACAGAGCGGCAUGUGGGGGAAAUGGUCAGAUCCCAUCUGGUGCCCCCCAGGCGGGUAUCUGCAGAGAUUCUCCUUGCGAGUAGAGAGGAUCCGGGGCGGAUUAAAGGACAACAUGGGUGCCACCAACAUCCGUUUUGCUUGCUCGGGCGGGGAGAACCUGGAGGGCCACGGCUUGUCCUGGGGGGAGUAUGGUCCAUGGAGCCCGCCCUGCCAGAAGGGUUUGUGUGGGAUCCAGACCAAGCAGGAGCUGCCACGCGGGGCCCUGAGGGACGACACGGCUCUCAACGAUGUCCGCUUUCUUUGUUGCAACCACUGA